GCGCUCUCUCUCUCUAAUCCUUUUUCUCUGUAAAGAGAAACAACUCAACAAACUGCCACCUCCAUACCAAAGGAAAAUCGAUGCUCCACAAAACACACAGACCCACUCCCUAGUCCACUUACCCACUGAGAGAGAUAUCAACACAGCAUCAUUGUCUUCUCUUAACACUGUAACAAACCCCACUCAAUUUUUUUAUUUUUUAAAAUCGUUAGGGCCAGAGGUGGUUUGUUAGUGUGUUAUAUCUGUAUAUGAUACUGCAUUGUCAUGGAAGAACAAAGAGUUCAUCACGAUGAAAACGUGACUCGCAAGCCCAAUUUCCCGCUACAGCUGCUGGAGAAAAAGGAUGAGGGACCGCCGCCGCCGCCGAGCGCAGCCAAGGCGAAGCGAGCACCGACGAAGGACAGACACACGAAGGUGGAGGGGCGGGGGCGGCGGAUCCGGAUGCCGGCGGCGUGCGCGGCGAGGGUGUUCCAGCUGACGCGCGAGCUCGGCCACAAGUCCGACGGUGAGACCAUCGAGUGGCUGCUCCGGGAGGCCGAGCCCGCCGUCAUCUCCGCCACCGGCACCGGCACCAUCCCCGCCAACUUCACUUCGCUCAACGUCUCCCUCCGCAGCUCCGGCUCCUCCCAGUCCCACUACUUCCUCAACCGCCACAACAAUCUUCACAAUCACAACACCAACAACUAUCCCUUCUUCACAACAACAACACCACCCGAAUUUUCUUCUUCAGGAUCGUAUUUUAAAUCACACCCAAGUUUUAGUCUUAUGCAAAAUUCUAGAAGGUUCUCGCGAAAGAGGAGGCAUGAGGUGAUUUCGCACGUGGGGAAUUAUUGCUUGUCGCAGAUGUGUACGGACUCCGUUCCCGCCAUGAUGAGUGGUGCUGAUUCAGUUUGGGCGAUUCCCUCCGUGGCUUCUUCUUCUGCGAGUGGCAUUCAUUUUACGAAUUUUGCUUCGCUGUUGACCGGUCAACACGUGGGUGGUGCAAUGGUGAGUAGUGAAACAAACUUCAAUGUGCUUGCAACGCUUAAUGCGUAUUCCGGCCAACAACCACAUCAUCGCCAUGAAGGAGAAGAAACAAACAACUAGCUAAUCUAUCAAUCAUGGAUUAAUUGCCGGUUGAUCAAGGACCAAGUGAUUACAAGUACUGUUGGGAUUGGUGCAACAGCUUCUAAGUGUUUCUUUUUAUGUUGGUACUAAUUGUUAAUUUUCCAAUUAUGUAUGUGUCAUUUCCAACACACGCAUGGACGAGUUUGAAUUCUUUGAUGUUGAGUUCGAUGAUAGUCAAUUUUGGUGUGGUUUUGAUGAA